CAUCUCCUGACUCUCUGGGUGAUCUCGUUUCUCGAUCUGGCACUUUGCCGUAUUUGCCUGCUCGAAUCAUUUUUUUUCCACGCCCUGGUCCCGUCUUUCCCGCCCGCUUGGUGCUCACCGAAUUUUUCGAGAGGUCCUAGUUUAGUCCUCUUCGUGUUUGCCUUCCACCGACUCUUAUCCUGGUUCCCUCUCGGACCUCCUUGAUUUCUGAAAGCGUUGUUGUCAGUAGGAUCCUGACGCAGCAGAAGUCAUGGCGGCGGAGUCCGAGAGGUCACCUUAUCCCACCGGGAACGCUGGCGGAUCUAGAGUGGCCCAAACCGAUGGGCUUACCUCGACUGUUGCAGCGCCGCGCAGAUCUGCCAGUGAAAGUGACAUGAUGGAAGUGCCACGUUCAACCUUCAGAUCCCAAAUCCAGGGGCCUGCCGUGUCACAGCUGCCUAAGUUCUCGCAUGUCGUCCCUGGCAUUGCCAUCCCGACGUCCACCGCUCCCUCAGUUAUUUCCUCUCGUGAAACCUCCCCCGUUCGGUCCUCUCGUCGUCCACGCAACUCCCCAUCGACUCCUCGCAUCGCAUCUCGAUCACGCAAAGGCAGUGUCGACCGGAGUCCGAACCGAUCUUCCUCUACCACAACUGCAGGCUCGGCCACCGUUCCCUCGGCCACGGCCAUACAACGAGCUCUAUCUAAAAACAUCAAACCGCCCAUUCUCAGCCCUCCUCCCAAUGCCGAUUCGUCCUCCGAUGUGCCUAGCCCGGAUAAGUCCACCAUGCCAUUAUGGGCCACGUCGAGACGGUCGGAGCCGGAGACUACCCCGCCGAACACCUCGAUCAAGCGCUCGAAACCCGGAUCAGACGAGCCUGCAGCUAAGACCGAUCGGAGCGCCCCUCGGGCUGUCAACCGGGGGAACCAUACCCCAGGGUCAGCCCUCGAAACGGUGCAAGAGAUGGCUAGUGAUCAGUCCACCCCCUCGACUGAGACGAUCCUGGGCCUGCCGUUGCGAGAAGACUCACAGCUACAAAAGAUCGACGAAGACGCGACCCCCAAGGCUCUGAGGGUGCAGCAUAUUGAGAGUGGCAGCGAUAGUGGUGGUAAUAAAAGCUCCGAGCAAGUCGACGGCUAUCGCCGACAUGCCCCAUCGGGAUCUCGGGGUUCCAAUAAUACGAUCAUCCCGAAGCGAUCCACUACCUCCCUGAGCGGCGGCGGGGGACCUCGCGCGAAGCCGACCGAUGGUUCGGUGCGCAACAUGAUUGUCGAGACUGAAACCGUCAGCUCGAUUCCGCAAGUUUCUCUCGGGGUCGUCCCCGGUGAUCGAGGCAACACCGGUCGGGUGGAUCCGGGCACUCUCCGAAUGAAGCCUAGUACCGAGACCAUUCGCCCGAAGAAGGAAAAGAAGCGAACGCGAAAGCCAGCCGCGCUGACGACCAGCACCGCAUCAUCCAAGGCAGACAUCUUUGAGGCGAAAGUGGCCAGUGCUGUGGAUGAGGCCGAUGUGUCGGACUCGGAUGAGACGUUUGUGUACGAGUCGAAUCCCCCCGAUCCGUAUCCCAUUCGACAGAACCGAUACCAUUCCCGCACUCCGAGCGCAACCUCCAUGGCGAGUCAGGUCGACCAGCUGGCUGGCCGGAGUCGGGCCGGGAUUCGAGAUGGGAACCACAGCGUUACCGGCAAGCGAAGCAUGAAGUUCACUAAUAAUACCUUCACGGGCAACUCCGAUGACUUUGGCGAUGACACCGCACGCAGCCAUCCUCGAACUGAUGGCAGCGGAACACACACUCCCCGGCAUCAUCAUAUUGGGCGAUAUGGACGCAACAACAACCUCUACCCGUCUUUGUUUGAUAGCGAUUCGCCCUUCCCUCAGUCUCAGAGCAGUGCCAAAUCUCCCCGUCAUUUCGUUGGCAAUUCCUACCGACAAUCCCGCCACCCUGCGUCACGCACCAAUUUGAACUAUCGCACGAUUAGCGGCAGCAAGAAGCCACACGAUCUCUAUGGGUACGACUUCGAUGCGGAGGGCGCGGACGACGAACGCACCCCUCUCGUCGGCUCGCCCCGAGUAACGCGAAGCCGUCAAAGCGGGGGGCGACGCCCGAACAGCGCCAGUCUACGCCAAAUAGAGUACAUGCAGCAACGCCAUCGUGGAGUUCUCUCCCGGUACGGCGCAUGUCUAUUCGUCACCGUGCUGCUCUUGUUCGUUAUUGGGGGAAUCAUCUCGUUUGUGGUGGCCACUACCAAGACCCUCGUUGAUGUUCAAGUGCUCGACAUUCAGAAUGUCCUAGCGUCGGAGCAAGAGAUCAUGUUGGACUUGAAUGUGCAAGCAAUCAAUCCAAAUAUCUUUCCCGUCUCUAUAGACGAGAUUGAUAUGAAUAUCUUUGCCAAGAGUCGAUUUGUGGGGACGGAUAAACUUUGGCGUGACCAUGACUCUGACAUGGGUCAUGAAUUUCCUCGAGUGGAGCAGAGCAGAAAACGAGCUGAGAUGGCUCGACUUGCUCGCUGCGCUGGCUUGGCCGGCGGUGGAGCUAACGACAACGCGACGCUAGUAGGUGGCAUGGUGCUCGCUCGCGGCGGUGUGGACAAGGGCACGGAUCCCAUGCCUACCGAUCCCGCGGGCGAUCCCCAGACUAUGUUGCUCGGCCGUGUGUUCCACUUCGACUCGCCGCUGCUUUUGGAACCGUCGCCAUGGCACUAUGAGGCAUCAACGUCGAAAGGACAGAUCCGGCUCGCUCGUCCCGGCAACAAGACAGAAGAGGGCGGCACAGAACGAUGGGAACGUGUGCUGCAACAUCCGUUCGAGUUGAUAGUCCGCGGUGUGGUCAAAUAUCAGCUUCCUCUGACCUCACGUUAUUAUUCGGCCUCGGUCAGUUCCAGUAUCAAGGUGAUACCUGAUGACGAUGACGAUGAUGACGGCAGCGGCGACCGUAACCACGGCCCUGAUGAUAACAACACCGCUACCAUAUCUACGAGGAACUAUACCCGGCGAGAUGUGCGCACUGUUCAUGACGCUGAGAGCAUGACACUGGACGCUGUUCGAAAGACAAUUCGCAUGGUGAAGCGAGCCUUUGCAGCCUAGGCCCGAAGGAAAUCCGCGUUGCUUUUCGUUUUCCUGGCGUUAUGUGGAGCUUACGAAUCGAGCGUUCCAGCGACCCCUACUCCUCCUUUACAUCCUUCUUGGUAAACCACGGCGAUUGUAGCCGCAUGCA